AGGAAAUUAUGCAUUUGAAAGUAAAGUUUGGGAUUUAAUAAUUGAGAAAUAUGUUAUGUUGAAAAAACUGUAUCGACAAAAAGAUGAAUGUUUUAUUAAUGGUUUUAAUAAAAUGAGAUUUGGAGAAAUAGAUUUAGAUUUUCUUAAAUAUAUUAAAAGUUUAGCACGAUUAAUUAAAUAUAAUGAUGGUGAAGAACCAACAAAACUUUUUGCAACAGUUGAUGAAGUUGAAAUAUGUAAUAGAAAUAAAUUAAAUGAUCUUCCUGGUAAAAAUUUAUUAUUCGAAGCGAAAGAAUGGUCUGUUGCUAAAAAUAAUAGUAGUAGAAUCAAAAACCAACACAUGAAGAAUUGA